AUGAAGACAUGCUACUAUGAACUUCUACAAGUGGAGUCCACAGCUACAGAAACAGAGCUAAAGAAAGCAUACAGAAAAAAAGCCCUCCAAUUACAUCCCGAUAAGAACCCCCAUGACGUGGAAGGCGCCAAUGCCAGGUUCGCUCUAGUAAGAGCAGCCUACGAGGUUCUCUCAGAUCCCCAAGAAAGAGCAUGGUACGACAGUCACAAGUCCCAGAUUCUUCGUGAAGAUGAAGACUACGAGGAGGACGGUUUCGUGCCCGAGAUGGUCAUUCCUAGCAUAUCUGUGGAAGAGCUUCUACGAUACUUCAACCCAUCGUUCUACCAGAGAGAAGACGACUCGCUAGCUGGGUUCUAUAGUGUGGCUUCGAGAGUGUUUGAGAGAUUGGCUUCGGAAGAGGUGGCUCAUGGUAAGUACCAGCAGCUUUCUAGUCAUCAGAAGUAUAUGGAUGAUUCACCUAAUGUCGCUGCGUUGGAUGAGUCUGUGCUUAUGUUCCCUAGGUUUGGCAAUUCCCAUGCUGACUAUAGUUCGUCGGUUAGGCAGUUUUAUGCUACGUGGAACGGGUUCCUGACAGUUAAGUCUUUCUCGUGGAUGGACCAGUAUAGGUACCUGGCGGCGCCAGACCGUAAAACUAGACGUCUUAUGGAGAAGGAGAACAAGAAGGCUCGUGAUAACGCCAGAAAGGAUUAUAAUGAAACUGUCAGGCGGUUUGUUACGUUUGUGAAGAAGAGAGAUCCAAGAGUGAAGAAGGGCGUUGAACGGUACGAGGCUAGUAAGAAGAAACAAGAGCGUGAAACCUUGGAGAAGCAGGCUAAACAGCAAAGGAUCCAGCAGCUUGCAGAAAUGAAUGACUUUGAGGUUCAGGAUUGGCAAAAAUUUAGUAAUGAGGAGUUAGACGAGCUUGAGGCUUUGUUGAAGGAGGAGUAUGAAUUAGGCAGCGAUUCGUCUACCGAUAGUGAGUAUGACGAAUUUGCCGAUACAAACGAAAACUUCUUCGAGUGUGUGGCCUGUAACAAGGUGUUCAAGUCUCAGAACCAAAUGGAUGCACAUGAAAGAUCCAAAAAGCAUAAACAAGCCGUGCAAGAGCUCCGUGAGGAGUUGCUACGGGAAGGCGCCGAGUUUGGCUUCGAUAAUGGCGAAGAGGUUCUGUCGUUUAACGAUGAUAUUGAAGAGCCUGAAGUUGAGCCUGAAGUUGAAGAAAAGGUGGAAAGCCAGCCAGUUGAUAUAAUAGAUGAGGAACCAGUCGUCCAAAGUGAAAAUCUUGAUGAUUUACAAGUGGAUGACGAUAUCAACAGUGAUGAAGAAAGCGAUGAAAGCAUAGAGGCUGUUAAACCUCAAAGUAAAAAGAAAUCACGUCGUUCGGCUAAAACACAGCAGAAUCUCGAUGAUGAACUUGCACAACUUGCAAAUGGCAUGACUCUAGACGACGAAGACGACGAUUGGGGUUCAGGAAAGAAGAAAAGCAAGAAAAAGAAGAAGAAGGCUGAAACUCUGGCUCUGAAUACCGCAUCUCCAGCACCAGUCGACGAGAACAUCGAAGUUCCUUCAAAGAAUAAUUCAGAAGUAUGUGUUGCUUGUGAUGAAACCUUUCCUUCGAGAAACAAGUUAUUCCAGCAUGUCAAGAAUACGGGCCACGCGGCGCCUGUUAACAAAGUAAAGAAAAAGAAAGGCAAAGGCAAGAAAUGA